AUGCAUUCGCCAGGAAGCUCGCCACGCGACGGAUCGUCCUCUUCACUUGCGACCCCGUUGAAACGCAAGCCAGCCGGUGCCACUGGCGCUCAUUCUAGACAACAAUCCGAAAGUCGACCCGAUCAGAAGCGUACCAAACUGAACAGCACAUCCGACUCAGUUGUUCCGAGAAUGAGCAAGGUGGCGGGCAAAUGGCCCGAAAUCGUCGAUCUGACGAAGCCUCCUACUGCUUUCCAACCCCAUAAGGGUGCAAAGAAGCUUGUCAUCAAGAAUCUACGAACGACAUCACGAAAUAAUGACCUUGAGAAAUAUUAUGAUGCCACGAGAAAAGAGUUACUAGAAGCUCUUCAAGCCAUAUUCGAGCAGAAGCAACCCCGCCAACCACUCGAAAGACUUUAUCGAGGGGUAGAAGAUCUAUGUAGACAUGGAGCAUCUAGAGAACUGUAUGAGACGUUACGGGAAAGAUGCGAGAUCUAUUUGAAGAAUGAUCUUCAAAGAUCCAUAGUGGCAGAAGCCGGUUCCUCUAACAUUGAUGUGUUAAAAAGUACAUACAAACACUGGGUCAUAUGGAACGCUCAAUCUACCACAAUUCGUUCCGUAUUCAGCUACCUCGAUCGAUCAUUUUUACUAAGCAGCAAAGAGUUCCAACAGAUUAAUGAUAUGGCCAUAACGCUAUUUAGGAGAACGGUAUUUGUUGCUUCGCAACCGCUAAGUCCCAGCCCAGGUGCUAAGACGCUCGCUGGGAUGUGUGAUCUGGUAGACUAUGAUCGGAGAGCCGAUACCCGGUUUGAUCCAGCUCUGCUACGAGAUUCUAUUUCGAUGCUCCAUAUCCUGAACAUCUAUGGGAAAUCAUUCGAGCGACGUUUCUUAGAGGCGUCCAAGAAAUAUUUCGAGGAGUUCGCCAACGAGCAAAGCAGCGCAUCCCUUAAAUUUUAUAUUUCUAGCUGCGAGAAGCUUAUUGCGCGUGAGGAUUACCGUUGCAACGCAUACAACUUCGACAGUACUACGAAGAGGCAAUUAAUGGAUGAUGCCCAUACGAUUCUGAUUGAUAACUAUUCCGAAAAACUCCUUGAUGGUGGCAGCAUUAGCAAGCUCCUAGAUGAGAAUGCUCUGGAUUCUAUGAAGGCUCUAUAUGACCUCUUGCGGUUAUCUGGCAUACAGAAGAGGCUAAGACAGCCAUGGGAAGAAUACAUCAGGGAAGCAGGCGCAACGAUCGUUAACGAUACUUCUAGGGGCGAUGAAAUGGUCAUCCGAUUACUCGAGUUCAGACGAUCUUUAGAUCUGAUGAUUCGAGACGCUUUUAAUAGAGACGACGAAUUUACUUACAGUAUGCGACAGGCAUUUGGUAGCUUCAUCAACGAUCGGAAAGUUCUAUCUGCCUGGAAGACUGGAACUUCCAAGGUUGGUGAGAUGAUUGCAAAGUAUAUUGACAUGUUGCUCAGGGGUGGCUUGAAAACUCUGCCCAAAUCACUGCUCUCUGAUGCCCAAGACCGUAUCGAUGCCGAACAAAGCGGACUAGCGAGUACCGGCGACGAGGAUGCCGAAUUAGACAGGCAGUUAGACCAAGCCCUGGAGUUGUUCCGAUUUAUUGAGGGCAAAGAUGUCUUCGAAGCGUUUUAUAAGCAAGAUUUGGCACGACGCCUCUUAAUGGGCCGCAGUGCCAGCGCAGAUGCGGAGAGGAGCAUGCUUGCAAAGUUGAAGAACGAGUGUGGUUCCAACUUCACUCACAACUUGGAGCAAAUGUUCAAGGAUCAGCAGAUCGCACGGGACGAGAUGACUUCGUAUAAAUCCUGGUGCGAGGGAACCGGACACGGCAAGAGCAGCUUAGAUCUUAACGUGAAUAUCCUGUCUGCCGCAGCAUGGCCAACAUAUCCAGAUACUCAGCUUAUUCUACCUGACGAUGUUGCAGUGCAAGUCGAGCGCUUUGAAGCAUACUAUACCAACAAACACACAGGAAGGCGUCUUACGUGGAAGCAUUCACUUGGUCAUUGCGUUGUUAAGGCACGCUUCGGGAAGGGACCAAAGGAAUUACUAGUCAGCGCAUAUCAAGCUGUCGUGUUGACGCUAUUCAACCAAAUUGAGGAUAAGCCGGAUGGACUCCUAGCCUACCAGCAGAUUGCAGAGAAUACUGGCCUGAGUGGGCCAGAUCUCGAUCGUACCUUGCAGUCUUUAGCGUGCGGGAAAACCCGCGUUCUCACGAAGCAGCCAAAAGGGAGAGAUGUGAACCCGACAGAUACUUUCACCGUCAACAAGGCUUUCUCAGACCCUAAAUAUCGCGUGAAGAUUAACCAGAUUCAACUCAAGGAGACGAAAGAGGAGAACCAAGAGACCCACGAGCGGGUCGCACAGGAUAGACAGUUUGAGUGUCAGGCCGCGAUUGUGAGAAUCAUGAAGAGCCGCAAGACCAUGACCCACGCCAACCUCGUCGCGGAGGUAAUCAACCAGACCAAGAGCCGAGGCGCUAUUGAGCCGGCCGAAAUUAAGAAGAAUAUCGAGAAACUCAUCGAGAAGGAUUACCUCGAACGAGAAGGAGGCGCAUAUACAUAUUUGGCAUAG